CUAUGCAUUCUGGCAGUUUAAUUAAUAUUUAUAUUUAUUGUUGUGUGUAAUUUUCAAAGAAUUUUUUGUAAUAUUCGACUUGUUGUGUGACUUGUGAAUACUUAAAAAUUCAAUUUAAUGAUGAAAAGAUCAUCUGUGACAUAUUUCUUUACAUGACAUGAAGAAUAUUCAAAUUUCUGAGUAAUAUUUUGAUUACUGUGAGCAAAUUAAAAAGGAAACAGCAAAAUGAGGACCAGAAGUAAUUCAGGGGUUCGAUUGGAUUACUACCAGCGAAUAGUUCACAAAAUUAUUAUGGACCGACAAAAUCCUGUAACUGGUCUUUUCCCUGCAAGCCACGACAAUAAUCAUGCUUGGAUUAGAGACAAUGUUUAUACAAUAUUGGCUGUUUGGGGUUUAUCAAUGGCUUAUAAAAAGACUGCUGAUGCCGAUGAAGAUAGAGCAAAAACCUAUGAAUUGGAGCAGAGCUGCGUUAAGCUCAUGAGAGGGCUUUUGAUGGCAAUGAUGCAGCAAAAGGAAAAAGUAGAAAAGUUUAAGUCCACACAAAAUCCUUCUGAUGCAUUGCAUGCAAAAUACAGUUCAGUCACUGGUCAAACUGUCGUGGGAGAUAAUGAAUGGGGACACUUACAGAUGGAUUCUAUUUCACUGUAUUUAUUAAUUUUGGCACAAAUGACUGCAUCAGGUCUUCAAAUAGUAUUCAAUUUGGAUGAAGUUGCUUUCAUACAAAAUUUAGUGUUUUAUAUUGAAUCGGCAUAUUGUACACCAGAUUAUGGUAUCUGGGAAAGAGGUGAUAAAACAAAUCAUGGUUUGCCAGAGUUAAAUGCAAGUAGCAUAGGUAUGGCUAAAGCAGCUAUGGAAGCCAUGAAUGAAUUAGAUCUUUUUGGGGCCAGAGGUGGCCCAACCUCUGUCAUUCAUGUUUUAGCUGAUGAAGCUCAAAAAUGCCAAGCUGUCUUACAGUCAAUGCUACCUAGAGAGUCUAACUCUAAAGAACUUGACAGUGGCCUUUUAUCUAUUAUUAGUUUUCCUGCUUUUGCUGUAGAUGAGCCUAAUUUAAUUCAGCUUACAAGGGAAGCUAUCACAAAGAAAUUACAAGGGAAGUAUGGCUGCAAAAGAUUUCUAAGGGAUGGUUACAGAACACCAAAGGAAGACCCAAACAGGUUGUACUAUGAACCAUGGGAAUUGAGAAUGUUUGAAAAUAUUGAAUGUGAAUGGCCACUUUUUUUCUGCUAUCUUAUUUUGGACUAUUGCUUCCAAGGCAAUAAAGAGGCGAUUACCCGCUAUGCCAAUAUGCUUGAAAAUAUUAUACUGAAAACCAAGGAUGGCAUAAGAUUAGUACCAGAACUCUAUUCUGUUUUGCCUGAAAAUGUUGCAGCUGAAUAUGCAGAGCCAGGCAGUCAGGCAAGGCAAGCUUUGGGUAGAACCCCUUUCAUGUGGGCACAAUCCCUUUAUAUUUUAGGGAAAUUACUUCAAGAGGGUUUCUUAGCUGUGGGUGAAUUGGAUCCGCUAAAUCGACGUUUGUGUAGCGAGAAGAAGCCAGAUGUUGUAGUUCAAGUGGUCAUUCUGGCCGAAAACAACGAAAUUAGAGAAAAAAUUGCACAACAUGACAUUCACGUGCAAACGAUAGCGGAAGUGGCGCCCAUAGAAGUACAGCCAGCUAAAGUUUUAAGUCACUUGUACACGUACUUAGGUCGAAAUAAAAAAUUAGGUCUAUCUGGUCGUAAGUCUCGAGACGUCGGUAUUUUAAGUACUAGCAAGUUAUAUUCAUUGCACGACAGGAUAUUUGCGUUUACACCACAGAACAUUGACGUCGAGGACUACUAUACGUCGAAUGACGCGGCUUUCCUGGCUGAUACAUUUACGACCAACUUGGCAUUCCUCACGAUCAACUGGAAACAAAUGCUCGGCAGACCGACCGUAACGCUAGUCGCUACUCGUGGCUACUUAGAUCAGGGCAAGAUCCCACUGGCUAUGAUAACGACGAUGAAGAAAUUGAAGAGUGGUUACAUCAACGGGACUCGCGUGUCGCUCGGCAAUCUCAACGACUUUCUGAGCACUUCGUGCAUCACGAAUCUGAGCUUUCUGGGAAGUCCCGAGGACGGUCGCCCAGACAGAUUGAAUCCACAGGUGCAACAGUACUUGGACGAACACCUGAUGAAAGCUUUCCCGCUACGCACGAGUUUAUUGGACAAGCCACCGACCAACAGCGGCCGCAAUCUUAGACGGCGAAUGUCCGUGAAGGGUGCCAUCAAGAAAACUCGAUCGAUCGCCGUGGAACCGGUGGAAAUCCCGAUUGUACUUCAAGAACCGGAGAUCCUGGGAAUGGCUGGCGAGGAUCGCAGACCGUCAGCGGUACUUUCGUCGAAUCCCUUCAUCAAGGUGACCGACACGUCUUUGAGUCCCGCGUCGAGCGGUACCGACAUACCGGAAGUACGCACGCCUUCGCCCACCGAGGACCUGGUGGCAACGGUGCCAGCCUGGAGACCUCAUUCGCCGAAAUUCGGCAGAACGCGCGUAAACUCGGAGACGCAGUACGCCGACACCGAGGUGGAGGAGCUAAUGGCCAUGCUGCGAGAAACCGAGAGCCUGGAGGAGCAGGGCGAUAUCCUGCAGUACCUGGUGGACUCGCAGGGACUGCAUUACAACACGGGCAUGCUGGAAGCCGGUCACCCGGUUCUGGUCAAGGACCUGCUGAAGGGCCUCUACGAAAAAGCCUGCCAGCAAAAGAUGUGGGGCAUCGUUCGCCACGUGGCUGGCAUGCUAGGCAAGCGAGUGGAGGAUCUGGCCAAAGCCGUCACCGACUUGCUCGUGCGUCAGAAGCAAGUGACGGUGGGCAUGCCGCCAGCCAACGAGCACACUAUCGUCGCGCCGCUACCGGAAAACGAGCUGCGCUCCCUCAUCCAUCAGGCCUACGGCGACGACGAGUCCACGGCCAUGCUCACGCAGGAGCUGCUCGUCUACUUGGCGAUGUUCAUUCGCACCGAGCCGCAACUCUUUCACGAGAUGUUGCGCUUGAGAGUCGGUCUCAUCAUUCAGGUGAUGGCCACCGAACUUUCGCGUACUCUCAUCUGUAGCGGCGAAGAGGCUUCCGAACAUCUACUCAACUUGUCGCCCUUCGAGAUGAAAAACCUCCUACACCAUAUCAUGAGCGGCAAAGAGUUUGCUAUCAGCAGCGUUGGCCGUGGCAACUUCUCCGUUGUCAGCUGUAAGUCUAGUCGAGUCAGCAAGAAAUCGCAGAUCGGUGGCUUGUUAAGUGCCGACAAAGACACUGCCGAAACACUGGAACCCGAUAGGCAAGGUCAAUGGCUCAGGAGGCGAAGACUCGACGGGGCACUAAACCGCGUGCCACGAGACUUUUAUCCCCAAGUUUGGCACGUUCUUGAGAGAUGCCAAGGAUUAGCCAUCGAAGGUAGAAUACUCGCGCAAAAUCUCACUCAAGAGAUGACUCCGGGAGAACUGAAAUUUGCACUAGCCGUGGAAACAGUCUUGAAUACUAUUCCACAGCCGGAAUAUCGUCAAUUAGUCGUCGAAGCUCUAAUGGUCUUGACCCUCGUCAUCGAGCACAACGUCGCAUCGACUCUGGGUGGUCUCAUAGCUGUCGAACAUCUAGUACAUAAAGCCAACUCUAUAUUUUUAGAAGACCAAAUGAAAGUUGACGGGGACGCAACGCUCUGCUGUGCCAAAUCUAAAGAUCAACGAGAAACAACUGCAAUGGGUGGUCUUCUUUGCGGAGGAGCUGCUUAUAUUUGUCAACAUUUUUAUGAUUCUGCGCCCAGCGGUAGUUUUGGUACAAUGACUUACAUUACUAGAGCCGUCGCUAGUUUGUUAAGUUGUCUACCCAAGGAAGGCGAUAUAGAGUGUACAAUAUCUUAA